AUGUGUCAGUCAAGCGCCCUGCAGGGACCAGAGCUGCACUCAGGGAAAUGGUUGCAAUUUCCCCAGCUGGCCCUGAGGCGGAGGUUGGGCCAGCUGAGCUGUAUGUCUAGGCCUGCUCUGAAACUCCGUUCUUGGCCUCUGACUAUUCUCUAUUAUCUCCUGCCUUUCGGUGCUCUUAAACCUUUGACCAGAGUGAGAUGGAGGCCUGUGAGCCGGGUCUCCUUGUACAAGUCGGUGCCAACCCGCCUGCUCUCCCGUGCGUGGGGCCGGCUGAACAACGUGGAGCUGCCCACCUGGCUUCGGAAGCCCGUCCUCAGCCUGUACAUCUGGACCUUUGGGGUGAACAUGAAGGAGGCGGCCGUGGAGGACCUCCAUCACUACCGCAACCUGAGUGAAUUUUUCCGACGGAAGCUGAAACCCCAGGCACGGCCCGUCUGCGACCGGCACAGCGUGGUCAGCCCUUCGGAUGGGAAGAUCCUCAGUUUUGGGCAAGUGAAGAACUGUGAAGUGGAGCAAGUAAAAGGCAUCACUUACUCUCUUGAGUCCUUCCUGGGUCCCCAUGCCAAUCACGACAACUGCCAAAAUAAUCCAACUUCCUGUUGCGACUCCUUCCAAAAACAGCUGGUCACAAAAGACACCAACGAGCUCUUCCAUUGUGUGAUUUACCUGGCCCCCGGAGACUACCACUGCUUCCACUCGCCCACCGACUGGAAGGUCUCUCAUCGGCGUCACUUCCCAGGUGCCCUGAUGUCCGUGAACCCCGGCGUAGCACGUUGGAUCAAAGAACUCUUCUGCCAUAACGAGCGGGUCGUCCUGUCGGGCUACUGGAAACACGGCUUCUUUUCCCUGACAGCAGUGGGAGCUCAGAACGUGGGAUCCAUCCGCGUUUACUGCGACCAGAAGCUGCAGACCAACAGCCCUCGCUACAGCAAAGGAUCCUACAACGAUUUCAGCUUUGUAACCGGCAAGGACGACGAAGGCGUUCCGAUGAGGAAAGGAGAACAUUUAGGCGAAUUUAAUUUAGGCUCCACAAUUGUUCUGAUCUUUGAAGCGCCCAAAGACUUUAACUUCUACUUGAAGCCUGGCCAGAAAAUACGCUUUGGGGAGGCUUUGGGGUCCCUCUAAGGUCUCCGUGGUCAGAGGGGAGGGGCUUUCCUGUGGACAGGGACUCCGUUCAUACAAGGAAGCCGUUCUGUAUGGUGGAGUAUUGCUCAGCAGGGCCUGAGUGAAGAGAAUGAGUCCUUAGCCUUAACCUGGGGGUGCCGGGCUAGUCUCAUCGGGAGGGUUGCGGGUUGAUCGGGGACUGUGGCCUUCACGGAUGUUGACCGGGUGGCUUUUCUUCCCUCCGGGCUCCGGAGUUUCUUCCUCUGGCUCCACGUGCAGUGCGGUCAAGAGGAAGAGG